AUGACGGAAGAUAAGAGCAGGAAACAGGCUACUCUGGGGUAUGUGCGCGACUCUCAAGUGGCCAUUGGGCGGUUUUUUGGAGGCAAUGGCAUUUCCCAACAAGCUCCCAAAAAGCAAACUACUCUGGCAUUCGGAGGAAAGCGGCAAAGAGCAACCAGUGACGCCGAUCAGGAACCGACAGAGUCAAACGCGCCCUCGAAGACAGAAACCAACGAUGCGGCCGCCUCGGAUGAAGCCGACUCAGGUAGUGGCUUGAAACGCGAAAAGGCCGACGAGGUCGAGGACAGUGAUGAAUCAGACGUGCAGCCUGUUUCAAAGAAGAGGCGCAAGACUACAAAGGAUAAUUCUACCACGCCAAAGAAAAGUGCGCCGUCUCCUAAGAAGCAAUCGCCGUCCCCCAAGAGAUCACCUGCGAAGGCCAAGGCCCAAUCAUCAUCACCGAAGGCUUCCGUGAAGAAAGCCUCUGGAGAGGAGACACCUGAAGAACAAGUGACACCAGAGCUGGAAGAAGACGAAGAGCAAUCAUCGAGUGAGAGUGAGGAGGAAGUCAAGCCUGAGGUCAAGAAAAAGACCAUGGAGAAGAUGCAGGCUACCAUCAAGGCCAGCGGCAACGAUCCUUAUCCAGACUGGAAAGCGGGUGAACCUGUCCCUUAUGCAGCACUGUGCACUACCUUCUCUUUGGUUGAGAUGACUUCGAAGCGACUCCUCAUCCUCUCCCAUUGUUCCCUUUUUCUGCAGCAGGUUCUGCGUCUAACGCCCAAGGACCUCCUUCCCACUGUUCAGCUUAUGAUUAACAAGCUGGCGGCUGACUAUGCGGGUAUUGAACUGGGUAUUGGAGAAUCCUUGAUAAUGAAGGCCAUUGGAGAGACCACCGGUCGCAAUCUGGCCAUUAUCAAGAGUGACCAACAUGAAAUCGGUGACCUCGGGUUGGUGGCGGCCAAGAGCCGGAACAACCAGCCUACUAUGUUCAAGCCCAAGCCCUUGACAGUCCGAGGUGUCCAUGAGGGACUUCUCGCCAUCGCCAAGGUCCAGGGCCACGGCUCCCAAGACAAGAAAAUCUCGGGUAUCAAGAAGCUUUUGUCCGCCGCAGACGCCGCAACCGCCGGCAAGGGCAGCAAGGGCGUCGAUAUCACCAAGGACAAGGGUGGUCCUAGUGAGGCCAAGUUUAUUGUUCGCUUCCUGGAGGGCAAACUGAGACUCGGUCUCGCAGAGAGGACGGUGCUCGUGGCCCUUGCUCAGGCAGUUGUAUCACACGAGGCUGCGCUUGAGGGCAAGACCGUCUCUGCGGAAAAGGUGACAGAGGGCGAAUCCAUCCUCAAAACAGUAUAUAGUCAACUUCCUUCCUAUGAAGAGAUCAUUCCGGCGAUGCUGGAACACGGUCUCUUUAACCUUCCCGACGUCUGCAAGCUUUCCCCGGGUAUCCCUCUCAAGCCCAUGCUUGCAAACCCGACAAAGUCCAUCACCGAAGUGCUUGAUCGAUUUGAAGGAAAGGAAUUUACCUGCGAAUACAAGUACGACGGAGAGCGGGCCCAGAUCCACUUCGUCGCACCAGACUCGGUUCGCAAGUAUCCUGCGGCUACAACUACUCUCCAAAGGGAUAGCAAGGGUCUCAGCUCUAUAUUUUCCCGGAACUCCGAGGAUUUGUCAAAGAAGUACCCCGAUGUACUUGCUAAGCUCGACACCUGGGUCAAGGAUGGCGUGGACAGCUUUGUUCUGGACUGUGAGACAGUCGCUUGGGACACCGUCAACAAGAAGGUCCUGCCAUUCCAGCAAUUGAUGACCCGUAAGCGGAAGGAUGUUAAGGCCGAGGACAUCAAGGUCAAAGUGUGCAUUUUUGCCUUUGACUUGCUUUUCUUCAAUGGAGAGCCCUGUGUCAAGAAGUCACUCAGGGAACGUCGGAAACUGCUGCACGAGUGCUUCCAGCCAGUUGAAGGCGAGUUCCAAUUUGCGCAAUUUGGCAACACCAACGUCCUCGACGAAAUCCAAACCAUGCUUGAAGAUAGUGUUAAGGCGUCGUGCGAAGGACUUAUGGUCAAGAUGCUGGACACUGAUGAGAGUGGUUAUGAACCCAGUAAGCGGAGUCGAAACUGGCUCAAGGUUAAAAAAGACUAUCUCGCUGGUGUGGGCGACUCCCUCGAUUUGGUUGUCCUCGGCGCAUACUAUGGCCGCGGCAAGCGAACCUCGGUGUAUGGUGCUUUCCUUCUGGCCGCCUAUAACCCCAAUAACGACACCUACGAAACAAUUUGCAACAUCGGCACAGGCUUCUCCGAGGCAGUACUGGAGGAGAUGCACAAAGCACUAACGCCCAUGAUAAUCGACCGACCGAAGCCAUUCUAUGCUCAUUCGAGCGUACCGAAGGAUCAGCCCGAUGUGUGGUUUGAGCCCCGGUUGGUGUGGGAAGUGAAAACAGCCGAUUUGACUCUCAGUCCGCGGUACAAGUGUGCUGCGGAUGAAUUUGAGGGUACCACCGGUGGCGGCAAAGGUGUAUCUCUACGGUUCCCUCGCUACAUCAAGUCGCGUGAUGACAAGAACCCCGAUCAAGCGACGACCACCCGCGCUGUGGCGGAGAUGUAUCGCAAACAGGAAGCCGUGGCAAAGGAGAGCACCGGCAAGCGUGGCGUGGAUGAUGACUUUGAGUACUAA